AUGUCUUGUCAUGUUCCAGGGGGUGACGAGGAUGUCCAGUUGAGCCUGGUUAUGCAGACAUUGCAGCUGGUCACACUUCUUCUUCUCCUCAGAAGUAUCUCGGCCGUCAUCCGUCCCCCCCUCUCCCUCGCGCUCCCCCUACCCAAGUUCUCGACCAUGGCCCCCGCGAAGACCACCGAUCCGGAGUUUGAGUUUCUGAACAAUACUGAGUGCACGAAUUGUUCGACUACACGGACGUAUGCCGAGUGGCAGAGUGAUGGGGUAGGAGCGUUGCCGUUUUACCGAGUCAGAAGCGACCUCCACCGGUCCCAUGCGAGAGUCGUCACGAUCCUGGGGUUGUUUGAGCUUACGGUGGGGGGAGUCGACAGGCCGGAGGGGCGGAGCGAGCUGGCCGCUGCGCUGCUGGCCAUCAAACAUAUCAACCAGAGGAAGAUUCUGGGGGAUUAUCAGCUCAAAAUGCUCACCAACGAUACUAAGUGUGAUCCUGGGGUUGGAGUGGACACGUAUUUCCACGCUCUCUACACACACACUCACACACGCAUGCCCUUCCUGCUGGGUUCAGGAUGUUCACAGGUCACUGAGAGUCUGGCAAAGAUAACACCUUACUGGAACAUGGUACAGGUGUCGUUCGGCUCCCUAUCCCCCGCUCUGAGUGAUCGUCGGGAGUUUCCCCUGUUCUACCGCACAGCAGCUCCAGACUCGUCCCACAACCCAGCGAGGCUAGCCUUCCUCACCAGGUUCAGAUGGGAGACUGUCACAGCUCUGAGUCAAAAUGAGGACGACUACACUUUGGCUGUGAACGACUUGGUAACCCAGCUAGAGCAGGCCAAUAUUACUUGCAGGGCAACCAUUACAUUUGCCGAAACUGACUUCAAGGAACAGCUAAACCUACUUAAGGAACUCGAUACAAGAAUAAUAAUCGGAAGUUUUUCCCAUAGAGUUGCUCCGAAAAUAUUUUGUGAGGCCUACAGACUUGGCAUGUUCGGAGCGGACUAUGUGUGGAUGCUGCAUGGAGACACAGAUAGUGGUCAGCAAUGGUGGCGUAACCAGACUCUGUGUCCAGCUAGAAACAUGGCCGCGGCUGUGGAGGGUCUCAUCAUAGUGUCCAGCCAUAACACCAUCGUAGGCAACAAGCCUUCUGUCUCUGGACUGAGAAAUGAGAGGUUCCUAUCAUCACUACCAGCUCCCCACAGUAACUUUGUCCACCAGACCUAUGAUGCUGUAUGGGCCAUAGCUUUGGCUUUGAGGAACUCACACCUCAAUCUCUCCAUGUUUGAUUACUCUGAGAAACACAUGGCUUUGAGGUUGUUCAACGCCAUGGCCAACCUCAGCUUUUCUGGCAUAUCGGGUCCAGUUUCGUUUUAUGGAGCAGAUAGAGUUGGCGUAUCAGCAUUCCAUAGAGUACAAGACGGGAAGGUGGUGCGAGUAGCGCUGUACGACCCGUCCACCCCCAUACUAGACUUCCACUGUGCUGGUUGUGAGAGGAUAGCUUGGCAGGGUGACCAUGUUCCCAUCGCCAAGCGAGUGUUCAAACUGCGGGUGGUCACCAUCCAACCUGCAGCCUUCUUAAUAGUCACAUCCCUAGCUUCCGUGGGCAUAACACUGGCCUGUGGCUUCCUCGCUUUCAACCUGUACUUCCGCAGGCUCAAGUACAUAAAGCUGUCCAGUCCCAGGCUCAACAACAUGGCAGUUGUUGGUUCCAUCCUGGUAUACAUGGCUGUUAUUCUGCUGGGUCUUGAUCAUAACACACUGCCUACCAAAGCUGCCUUCCCUACUGUCUGCACGGCAAGGGUGUACCUACUGUCUGCUGGGUUUUCUUUGGCCUUCGGAUCAAUGUUUACCAAAACCUAUAGAGUACAUAGAAUAUUUACUAGGAGUGCUAGUGGAGUGGUGAAAAAUAAGCUCCUGCAAGACACCCAGCUGAUCUCCCUGAUAUGUGUUCUGCUCGUAAUAGACGGACUGAUAGUCACAUUGUGGGUCGCUGUAGACCCGAUGCAAAGACAACUUAGAAAUCUCACCCUGGAGAUCAGCUCCAUAGACCGCAGCGUCGUCUACCAACCUCAGGUCGAAGUAUGCGGGUCGCAGUUCACUCACAGCUGGCUCGGAGCUCUGUACGCUUACAAGGGUCUACUGUUGAUAGUGGGAGUCUAUAUGGCUUGGGAGACAAGGCAUGUCAAGAUCCCAGCGCUCAAUGACUCGCAGUACAUCGGUCUAAGCGUGUACAGUGUUGUGAUUACGUCGGCGUUGGUGGUUGUGUUGGCCAACCUUAUCUCUGAGAGAGCGACUCUCGCCUUUGUUACCAUUACUCUUCUGAUCCUCGCCUCCACAACAACCUCGCUGUGUCUCCUGUUCCUACCCAAGAUACACGCCAUCCUACACCACAGGGACGCCACCGUCGACCCUGUCACCCACAGCAUGGGGCUGAAGAUAGAGUGCAACACCAGAAGAUUCCUCAUAGACGACAGACGAGAGGUCUACUACCGUGUGGAAGUACAGAACAGAGUGUACCGGAGAGAGUUAACAGUUCUCGACAACGAGAUAGCCAAACUGGAGAAGGCUUUGACCAGCGAUACUUCACUGGCUGCAUCUAGCUCUCACUCAUCGGUCGUCUCACGCAAGGAGGAUCUGCCGUUACCACGCGGUCCUCUGCCUCCGACCUCAGUGAGUGGGACGCUGCCGAUGUUGCUGUUAUCAGUGUUGCCACCUGUCAUCCCCAGAGCAAGCUGGCCAAGCGCUGAACAUUGCGUACUGGCUCACGGAGUCACCUUCAGCUCUGAGCCGAGACUAGAGGAGGCUGGUCCUUCCUCACCGCAGCUAGAGGAAGACUCGGGCAAACUUACUGUGUUCGGGAAACUCUUGAACAUGUUAGGACCUCGAGGAACCUCUAGUAGGAAAACAUCUUCAGUGUCCUACGGGGGAACAGGUACAGGGGGGAUAGCAGCGGCAUUGAAAACCCACAUGGGCUACAUAGCCGGUCUGGUGCCUAGCAACAAAAGUCGCUCCGGUAGCCUAGACUCUUCCAACACGAGUAGAUACUGUAUCAAACGAGACGAUGACGAGGUGUCCAGAAGGAUAAGUAGGAUGUUUAAGGACGACAGUGACGAGGAUUCUCCACAAACCCACGCUAGGUCGUCGCAAUCUUUAUCUCACAGGGUGUCGUUUUCGAUUACGCACCAAAAUUCACAGCCUGUACUGAAAGUCAGGGGGUCGCCGAGGUUUCCUCACAGGAUAGUGCCGACUUGCAGUUUGGACGCUUUAGAAGACAGGUUCAAGAUAGACUCCAGUUUUUCUAAAAACCAAAUCCAACCGAAGAACUUUGAGUCUUCCCGGCGCACAAAGUGUCGGUCGUUGGAAGACGCGAGUAGUAAUAUGGAGGAUAUUUCUCGAUCAAACCCUCAUGUUUCAUCAGAAGCACAGGCCUCUUCCUAAUAAUAUAUUUUAGAAAAUGUUUUCAUUGACAUUGUGAAGUUUUAUUUUUGUUACAAGAUGUAUUUUUUAUAAAACCUUAUUGUGUUACUGCCUUUGGCAAAUAUUUGUAGAGUAUGUUUAUC